AAACCCCAAAAAAAUAAAAUGGCCCGAUUCUUCACUCAGAGUCUCCAGCUCCGCCCCCAUCUCGCCAUCCGCUCCUUCUCGACCCGAUCCGCCCAGCUCUUCGAGAUCGAGAUAAACCCCUCCACCUCCUCCUCCUCCUCCGAAGGCGAAUCGGAAGCCCUCAUGCUCAAGAAGCUCGACGACAUCGUUCAGAGGAUCCUCGUCCAGAAGGCCACCCCUGAUUGGCUCCCCUUCGUUCCCGGCUCCUCGUUCUGGGUCCCACCUCGGCGAUCGCCGUUGGGAGUUAACGGCUUCGUCGGAAGAUUGGCCGACAAGCUCUCCGAUGAGGAGUCCCUCUCCGUCGCCACCGACCGGGGCUGGCCCUGCUCUGAUUAUUUGAUCAAUGGCAGUGAAUCAGUGGGAACAAAGGAGGUUGAUGAGGAUGCGGAAGGAUCAGGAGAAGUAGAGGUGGUGGAGGUGGAUUUGAAGGUUUUAACGACCAACUUCGAGGAUGAAUAAAGAUUGUUCAUCUCUCCAGCAGCCUAGUCAGCUUGCCCGAAGGCAAGGACAAGAAACCUAAAACACAACUAAUCUAGGCUUGGAAAAACCGGAAUAAUCAGCUUCCAAGAGAGGGAUAACAUCAUUAGGAGGGGAGCUAAAGAAUCUGCAUCCAGGCUCAUAACCAUGACCAAUGCUUGCUAGCAAGUCAGCCACUGAAUUACUUUCUCUGUAAACAUGGAUGAGAGACACAUUCCAAUUCCUACUAAGAAAGAGAGGAUGAAGGUG